GGGACUGCCUAACACCUGACGUGAAGACAUGGGAAACCAGGUCACUAAAGACGACAAAAACACAAUACUCCACCAGCAGCAUACGCAAUGGGAGAGCAAAAUGAAUAAAUGCCCAUUUUCCAAGCAAGUGAAGAACUAUGAGGAUGGCUCGGGCUAUCAAGACACAUUACAUCAGAGAGCUGUCAAGACCCAGACUUGCUUGUCUAAGGUUUGUGAGGGCUCUAUUAUGAUGCCAAAAUCUCUGAUGAGCUGCCCUUCCUCCACCCUACAAGCCUCCAAUGACAUCCUCAUGCAAGCCAUUGAUUUCAUCAAUCAAUAUUACAAGUCUUUUAAAAACGCAAAAAAUGAGGAGCACCUGGCUCGUUUGGAGGAGGUCGCAAUGGAGAUAGAUUCCACUGGAUCAUACAAACUCACCACAAAGGAACUGGAAUUUGGAGCAAAGCAGGCAUGGAGGAACGCACCAAGAUGCAUUGGCAGAAUUCAGUGGGCUAAUUUGCAGCUGUUUGAUGCACGUGAAUGCAGAACUGCUGAGGAUAUGUUUCAGAUGUUGUGUGAUCAUAUUCAAUUUGCCACCAAUGAGGGCAACCUGAGGUCUGCCAUCACUGUGUUCCCUCAAAGAACUGAUGGCCAACAUGAUUUCCGUGUAUGGAAUAAUCAGCUCCUAAAGUACGCUGGCUACAAAAUGGCAGAUGGUACAAUAAUAGGAGAUCCUGGCAGUGUAGACUUUACAGAGAUGUGCAUCCAGAUUGGGUGGACCCCAAAGUAUGGUAUUUUUGAUGUGCUUCCACUUGUGCUACAAGCUAAUGGAGAGGACCCUCAGCUUUUUGAAAUUCCUCAACAUUUGAUUUUGGAAGUUCCCAUGGAGCACCCACAGUAUGAAUGGUUUAAGGAUUUGAACCUCCGAUGGUAUGCAUUGCCUGCGGUGUCCAACAUGUUGCUAGAGAUCGGUGGUCUUGAAUUCACAGCAUGUCCCUUCAAUGGGUGGUACAUGGGCACUGAAAUUGGAGUGAGGAACUUCUGUGAUGCCAAGCGCUACAACAUUCUUGAGCGUGUUGGCCGUCUAAUGGGCCUGGAGACGCAAAAGCUGUCCUCACUUUGGAAGGACCAGGCCCUGGUAGCCAUCAAUGUUGCAGUGAUGCAUAGUUUUCAGAAAAAAAAGGUCACCAUCACUGAUCACCAUUCUGCAUCUGAGUCCUUCAUGAUGCACAUGGAGACAGAAAUGCGUCUGCGUGGUGGCUGUCCAGCCGAUUGGGUUUGGCUGGUGCCGCCAAUGUCUGGCUCUCUCUGCUCUGUGUUCCACCAGGAAAUGCUGAACUACAUCCUUUCACCAUUCUUCUAUUACCAGUCUGACCCAUGGUUGACAUACAAGUGGAAGGACAAGAAAAGAAAAGUGAGGAGGUGUAAAGUUAGCUUCAAGGGCUUGAUAAGUGUUGUGCUCUUCUCUCAAACACUCAUUAAAUCAGCCUUGGCCAAGAGGGUGCGUUGCACCAUACUCUAUGCCACAGAAACAGGGAAAUCACAAACCUUUGCUAAGAAACUCAAUGCCAUGAUGAACUGUGCUUUCACCUCUAAGGUUGUGUGCAUGGAGGAAUACAACUUCAGUGAUCUUGAAAAGGAAAGCCUUCUUAUGGUUGUCACUAGCACCUUUGGUGAUGGAGACUGUCCGGGAAAUGGAGCGAGUUUCAAGAAACAGCUUCUCAGCCUAGAAACCCUCAGAAACCAAGUCAGGUACUGUGUAUUUGGUCUCGGUUCUCGAAUGUACCCCCAGUUCUGUGCAUUCGCCCAUGCAGUGGAUGCAAAGUUUGCAAUGCUGGGAGCCAUUCGAGUGUCCUCCACAGGUGAAGGAGAUGAGCUGAAUGGACAGGAGGACGAGUUCUCAUCCUGGGCUUGCACUGCCUUUGAGGAUGCAUGCAAGGAGUUUAAAGUCAAAGGGCAGCUUCCAGGAACUGGUCGUAUGGUGGACACCUGGGAUCCUGAGAGACACAGAGUUCAGAAUGACACUUGUACACUUGACCGAAUCGCAGCUUUGUCAGCUCUUCAUUCUAAAGAUGUGGUUUAUAUGAAGCUAAAGAAAAGACAGAAUCUACAGAGUCCACAAUCAAGUCGUGCCACAAUAUUGGUGGAGCUGGAGAUGAAUGGGAACACAGAACCCUUAAACUUCGCCCCUGGAGACCAUGUGGGGAUUUUCCCUGGGAACUCACCUGAGUUAGUAGCUGGCAUCCUAAGGCAUGUUUCUAAUGCCCCUCCUAUCAACCAGAGCCUUCGCCUGGAAUUCCUCAGUGAUUCCUACCCUGAUGGUGAAAGGUGGCAGAAAAAUGAACGAUUACCACCAUGUCCUCUUGCCCAAGCUCUUACGUACCUUCUAGAUGUCACCACACCACCAUCACAAAGUUUCCUCCGCAAGCUGUCAAAAAUGACAAAGCAGGAAGACCACCGACAGCGCCUGCUAGCAUUAGCUCUGGACUUUCAGGUCUAUUCCACAUGGAAAGACUUCCGCAAACCCACCUUCCUUGAAGUUCUGGAGGAGUUUCCCUCUUUGGAACUUUCUGCAGCAUUUCUUCUCAGCCAUCUGCCUCUGUUGAGGCCACGACUCUACUCUAUCAGCUCCUCUCCAGAACUCCACCCUCAGGAGCUCCACCUCACUGUGGCUGUGAUCAGCUAUUACACUCAGGAGGGAAAGGGUCCACUACAUUUUGGUCUCUGCAGUACCUGGCUCAAUACCAUCAAAGAAGGAGAUAUGGUGCCCUGCUUCAUCCAUAGAUCUGAUGGGUUCCAUCUCCCAUCUGACCCCAGUGCUCCUUGUAUUCUUGUGGGAGCUGGGAGCGGUAUUGCUCCCUUCCGCAGCUUCUGGCAACAACAAUUCCAUGACAUGAAAAAAACAGGUCUGAAAGGGAACCCUAUAACACUUGUGUUCGGGUGUCGAGAUUCAGAUACUGAUCAUCUUUACAGAGAAGAGACUCUGGACAUGAGAGAUAAUGGCACUCUGAGCAGUAUCACAACAGCUUACUCUAGGCAGGCUGGUCAACCCAAGGUAUAUGUUCAGGAUAUCUUGCGAGAGCAAUUAAGUUACAAGGUCUAUGAGGUCUUGCACCAGAGUCCAGGUCAUCUGUACAUCUGUGGGGGAAUAAACAUGGCUCGUGAUGUAGCUGCCACCAUUAAGGAAAUCCUGGUCAGCCGGCUGGGCAUCACUUUUACUCAGGCUGAAGAAUAUCUGUCAAGCCUCAAGAAGGAGAAGCGGUACCAUGAGGACAUCUUUAGAUCGUAGUGCUGGAGUUCAGCCUUCACCUUUUUACUCUCCAAACACUAUGCACACAAUAAAAAGAGCAAAAAGGUUGAUGGAGGGGAGAGUAAACAGAAACAGUUCUUUAAGUUAUUUGAUAUAUAUUUUUCAAAAAACUAGUCAGUAAUAUUGCCAGAAUCAGGGAAACCUCUCAUAACCAAAUCUCAGAUACACUUGUAAACAGGGACACACCAGUUCACAUCAGUAAAACACAAUAUAACACAAUAUAACAUGUUAACAUAGAACUAAUUGCACAAUAAAGCCACAGCAAUACUUGCCGGAGAACGCAGUCUAGUCAUCAGAAUACAUUUUAGAUAGUACAGUUUUGUUUAAAAACUUUGUAUGUUUUUUCUUGCUUUUUCAUUUUUGUGUUUUGAUUCUUUUAACUUGAAGUAAGUUACAGUAAGUUGUUCAAUGUUCUACAAUUAAGACAUGCAAGUAAUAUUUAACAAAAUUUGUUUUGUUAAACAAAUACCUGGACAAUUAUUUUAAGCACUUUGCUAUACUGUACACAAGACAUUUUGGCAGGACAGUAAUUGCAGGGAGUUAAAGAUAUAGCUCACCCAAAAAUAAAAAUGUGUAUCAUCAUUUACUCACCCUGGUGCCAUUCCAGAUGUGUAUACUUUCUUUCUUCAGCAGAAUACAAAUGAAGAUUUUUAGAAGAAUGUCUCUGCUCUGUAGGUCGAUACAAUGCAAGUGAAUGGUGAUCAGACCUUUGUAGCUGCCAAAAUCACAUAAAGGAAACAUAAAAGUAAUCUAAAUAUCUCCAGUGUUUAAAUCCAUAUCUUCAGAAGCAAUUUAAUA